AUGCCUCGUCCAGACCAUCAAUUCCCACAUAACUCACGCCGUUCUUCUCCUCCUCUGUCGACUGCAUCUCUUCAUCUCUUGCACCUUCUUCACAACCGUCGGCGUCAUCUACCUCUGCCGUCGUCGCCUGCCCGUCGCCGAUCAGAUUCAUCUUCUUUUUCACAAAGUUUUGUAGUGGCUCUUUCCUGCAUCGAGACAUUACUCUCUUCCUUAACCUUGAUUUCUCUUGUGUUGGAUUGUUCAUUUGCGGAACUCUUCCUCGAAGAUUGUUUUCAACUUGAUUCAACUUUAGCUUUUGUAGUUCAGCCGACCAAAGCAAUGGAAACAGGCAAGAGGGACCUCGAGGAGAAUAUCGAUAAGGAAGCAGUAAAUAGCAAAAAACAAAAGGUAGAUAAGAGUGAUGUGGCUGAGGAAAGUAGUGAUGAAGAGCCACAAGCUGUGAAAAAACCCCAAGAUACUCGAUCAAAAACUUUGAGUAUGGCCAACCUAAGCCCAGAAAUUCGACAAGUGGAUGUAACUAAUUUCUUCAACUCUGUUGGUAAAAUUGUUGAAGUCCGCUUUGUCAUCAAGAGAGAUGGUCAAUUUGCAAAUUAUGCGUAUGUGGAGUUUGCAACUCCUGAGGCAGCUCAAGAGGCUCAUAAACUUAGCAACACACAGUUACAUGACCGCCCCGUGAUACUUCACUUAGCAGAGGAGGCGUGUGCAUUCCCUCCUCUGGGCAGGGGGGGGGGAAAUGUGCAGUCUUACCUAGAGGCUCACGAAAAAACGGUUUUUGUAAAAGGAUUUGGUGUUGAUGCUGGUUUUGACAAUGUUCGGCUUUCCCUUGAAAAACACUUUAGGCAAUGUGGAAUGCUUGUAGAAAUGAUGAUUCCAGAAUUUUAUAAAUCUGACGAUGGUGUUAAAAAAGGGGAUGCUUUCAUUUACUUUUCUAGUAGGGAUGAAGUUAUGAAAGCGUUAGAACUCAAUGGGUCUGAUGUUGGAGGAUGUAAAAUUACUGUUGAGAAAGCUAAGCCAGGAUCUGUAGAAAAUUAUGAUGACAGUAGCUCUGAAAAAGAGGAUGGUGAUGUUGAAAUGACUGAUACUCCAUCAUCACCUGAAGCUACUAGAUCAAAAACUUUGUUUAUGGGCUGUCUAAGCUCUAACAUUCAAGAAGCGGAUAUAAAGAUGACCAAUUUGAUGGCUACGGGUAUGUUGACUUUGCUACCUAUGAGGCAGCUCAAAAGACUAAUGGACAUAGUUCUAUUGCAGGCUAGUAAACUUAACGAUGAACUAUUACUUGACAUCCCUGUGAGACUCGAGUUAGUAGCGAAGACGGGUACAUUCACUUCGGGCCGUGUGGGAAAUGAAUGGUCUUUCCAAAAGGAUGGAGAAGACACAUUAUUUGUAAGUGGAUUUCCCGGUGAUAAUGAGAAGUUUGACAAUCUUAGGCUUAACCUUAUGAAGCAUUUUGGGGACUCUUCUCUGAUAUCACGGAUAGAUUUUUUUAAUUUUUAUGAAGGCGACGGUGUUAAAAAAGUGGAUUGUUUCAUUAAAUUUGCUGAGAGUGUUGCCUAUAAUGAAGCAUUAACACUUAAUGGAUCUGAUGUUGAAGGAUGUACAAUUACUGUGACAAAGGCCGAGCCAAGAGUUUAUGGUGGUAGUAGUGGUGGUCCUGGUACAGGAAAGAAGACCACCUCUGUUGAUGAAUGAAAUUGAGAGUUACAGAAAAGUUUAAUUGGAUUGUUUUUUUUACUUUGUUAUGGAUGAUUAAUGUGAUGAAAAUUUGGCUUAUGUACAUUGUUCAAAGACUAUUUGUUUGAAGGUAGUUUGUUGAAAUGUUAUGUAAUAUUUUUCAGGAUAUGAUUGAACCGGACAUUGUCUAAACAAUGUGGUGUUUAGAAUUUUGUAUGGGUCGUGCAAAAGAAAUAUUUUGUAGAAUAUAGCUAUUGAGAUAUCUAGUGUUGAAGA